GAGUUUUUGUGACUCGCUGAACUAAUCAAUUGAAUGAUUUAUUAACGAAAAUGAAACAAGAAUGAUUGCUUGCUGUUGGAAAUAAAGGAAUUGGAGAAGUUUUUAAUCGUUGAGAUAUGCUUAGUAGGUUGUCAAGGCGUGGCUACUGCAGUUGUGUUCGUCAGCCAUGGCUGUUUCUUGGAUUAGGAAAUCCUGGUGACAAAUACAAAGGCACUAGACACAAUAUUGGGUUCGAGAUGAUUGAUGUUUUUGCUGAGUCAGUUGGGAUUCAGAUGAACUUGCUAAACUUCAAGGCUAUUAUGGGACAAGGUUUCGUUGGCGAUAUCCCUGUUAUCCUGGCAAAGCCUCAAACCUACAUGAACUUGAGCGGUGAAUCAAGUGGACCUCUUGCGGCUUAUUACAAGUUACCUCUCAACCGUGUGCUUGUGGUUCAUGAUGACACACAGUUACCAUGUGGUGUUCUUCGCCUUCAAGAAAAAGGAGGCCAUGGAUGUCACAAUGGGUUAAAAUCAGUAAUGCACCAUUUCAGAGGCAACAGGGAAUUUGCAAGACUACGAAUCGGAAUUGGGAAGCCUCCGGGACAAAUGGAUCCAAAGGCAUUCUUGUUGCAGAAGUUCAGCAUGCUAGCUCGUGAACGUAUUGAUGGAGCUUUAGAAGAAGGAGUGGAAGCUCUGAAGCUGGUCUUGUCUAAAGACUUUGGAGAAAGCUGGAGACUCUUCAACGUGGAACAGAAGUAUAAACACUUGAAGCAACACACAAUAUUAGAACCUUGACCAAAUUGCUUUAUUUUCAUAUCAAGAAUUUUGUUCUGAUACUCUCUUUGAUAAUCCCCUUCUUAUUAUUUGAGGAGAACUUUUGCAAAUCCCCUAUAUAUUAAAGGAGAAGCAUUACAACAUUUUUUUGUAGCC